GGGCCUGGGGGACUCGUCUUCUGCAGAAACUCGGUCAGGUCCAAGGUCAUCUGACUUUCCGGACUCGGCUGCAUUCCAGAAAGGGACAGAUCCUGUCACAAGGGCUGGGUUUAUCAACUACACUAUCAAGGGUGAGCUGCACUGGCUAAGGGUUAUGGAAGACUGGAACUGGGAAAUUAUGCUCGCGUGAACUCAGUUCGCCUAUAUCUCUUCUUUUGGCUUUUCCACUUUUAGUAGAGCCUGGAAACACCAGUCAUAUACAAAUUUUACCUUGAUUUGAGCCUGAUUUCACCUCUUAUAAUGGACACGGUCAUACGAAGUCACUCAGCUCGACCUCCUCCAGCUUCGUCACUCUAUAUUCGCCCAAUAUCUUUUUCCAUCUUCCAAAAGCGACAAAACUUCAUAACCGUCUCAAACCCAUGGGCCCAGAACGAUAUCCCAAGCAUUUAAGUACACAUAACUUUCAAGUCCAUUUUCCCACGCGACCGAAUGGAUACAUACGUACAGCUGUUAUAUCUUCAUUUCAGCUGUAUAACCAUUAUAUGGUACAUCCUGUGCUGGUCAGACAUCAGUUUUGGUGGCCGACCGCCCAUUCCUAUUGCUUACCACCGACCAAAUAAUAGUCGGAACCUGAUUAUUGUCAUACUUGAAUUUCCGAGGGUGUUAUCGUAUACUAUGUUUCUUAAGAAAGAGAUAGUUGACGGAUUUCCCGAGCCAGAAGGGCAAUAGAAAUUCGAGACACGCCGAUGUGAAGG